AUGAGUUCGGAGCCUCCCUCUUCCCACUCUCGCACCAGCACACCCCCUUUCACUUUAAUCCUAUCCCAGUCCCUUAUCAGCCCAUGUUCCCUCAUUGGAGACCACAGCACCCACAGCUUGCGUAAGGCCUUCACCCUGAAGUGUCAGGACUGGGUGGGGGGCCUCAUCUUGUGUGACCGCCGUUCCCACAUGCCUCACAGCUACUUCCACUACGUCAGGGGCCACCGGGUUAAGCACCAGCUCAUUCUGUCCCUGUACGUCAGCGCCAUCUAUUUCAGUGACUCUGGCAAGGGGCCGCCGCUGGGGUACUUCCACCGGCUUAGCGACUCCUUCGUAUCGUGGGGCUCGGCAUCUGGCUGUGACCCGCUGGCAGUCAACAAAGGCUCUGGACCAGACUCUCCCCUCCGUUGUUGGCAUGGUGGUUUGGAAUGCCAGGAGACCCGGGUGGCUGCCCUGUGUGAGAGUGGACCAGACUGA